AUGUCAUCAAUAUACGCUACGUCAAUAAAGCUCGUUUGCUGGAACUUCUAAAAAACGCUUUCGGAAUUGGAAAUUUCGAUGUGGAGUUCAGAUCAGAAGAUUAUACCGUCGUUACAGCACCGAGGAAAUUGACCGAGGCGGAGAAGGAGUCAUUGAUAGAUACCUAGAUAUCCCAAACAAUUCUCUGGUCCCAUAUCAGCGGCAAUCGCAAGGAACUCUAUCUCUAUUGCUUGCCACUCAUCUAUCCGCGAUGACAGUGCUCCAGUACAAUAGCCUUUUUUUGCCACGAAGCCUGUAAAUCGAAGUGCGACUCGCUUCCCAAAAACCCGAUCUGUAAGCAGACACAUUAGGCCGGGUUUCUUUGUCAGCAAUGGACAGACUACGGGCCCAAAUUCGAGACAUCAGGUGUCUAGUAGCCGGGGGAAAGGACUUUUUUAUCCCUCUCCAUAGUCUUUACACCUUGGUUACAGAAGCCAUUGUCCGAGAUGCGCUCUCCGUCUCCAGUAUUGAAUGGUAUCGCAUUGAUGGAAUAACCGAUAAGAUCUACCCCGGAGGGAGAAGAAUCUUCGCAAUUCUUGUUAUGCUCGACGGCCGAAUUGCCGAGAUAACGCGUUUCAUCGAGCUCGAUAAUCUCCAGGAUUCCCCUAUCGAUCACAAACUUCCUUUCUCUGAGCAGGACCUUCGUAUGCUUGUGCCAUCCAUUGCGGAAGACUUCUAUAGACUGCAAUGGGAAUUCUGUGCGCCAAUACUGAGUACUGGAGUGGAACACCGUUUCUUAGAUUUACGAACCGUGUUGCCAUUCACUGAAAAUACGAAAAUUGGCGAGGGUGGUCUAGGGGAAGUAUUCCGCAUCAGCAUACACCCUGACCACCAAAAUAUGGCCAUGAUAUUGCCAUCAGAGAGUAAGGGCCUAGUCCGAAAGCAAACCUCGGAAAUCAUGCACGAUUCCGAUUCUCGAUACGAAAAUGAACUCCGAAGUCUGAGCUUACUCAAUCAACUUGAACACCCCAAUAUCUCUAGAUUACUCUCGUUUUACACAUACCAAAGAAGGCGCAACUUCAUCUUCCCGUUAGCUCAAGGUGGAGACCUUGAUAAGCUUUUUGAAAAAGAUCCUCCUCCUUCAGACUUUCGAGAGCAUUUCUCGUUCUACAAAGCACUCAGCCGCUUGUCUUCCGCCCUCGAGAUGGUUCACGACUACACUACUGCCAAAAAGGUAGAUCUUCGGCUUAUUGGACUUCAUCGGGAUCUCAAACCAAACAACAUCCUUGUUGAUGGGGAUGAGUUUAUCUUGAGUGAUUUUGGCUUCUCAAGCUUCAAACCAGCCACCGAGUUAUCAAGGACGCCUUUCAAAAGAGGAGGUGCAGACUACCUUGCCCCGGAAUGUGAAGAUUUGGAUGACAGCUUCCGAAGUGGCAUUGUCAGCCGCCCAAGUGAUAUUUGGUCUUUUGGAUGCAUUAUGCUAGAGGUACUAGUCUAUAUGCUGCAAGGUCAACAAGGGGUGCAAAUAUUUAGGAAAGAGCGUCGAUUCAAACCAUGGCACAUGGGAACCUUUCACAUGCCUGGCCUAAUACUGAAUGGCAGUGUCACCCGUCUUCUCGAUGCUCUCGAUUCGGACCUACGCCGCCCCGUCCAACAGCUCACGAGGUUGAUCCGGAAGAUCUUUGCAAUAAGUCCAGAAGAGCGACCCAAAGCCGCACAAAUUACUUCUGAGUUGCAAUUCAUCACGCUGAAUGAGCUAUUAGGUCCGAUAAGCAAAAAGUACGCAAAUACUGUCAGCUUGACCAAAUCAAUCCAGGCGCGUCUAGAGUUUGGUAGAUUUCAGAGUUGGAAAUACGUGCUCAACUUCAUCGAUGAGCAACAGAACGAGGCACAUGAAAGUAACCCACUGAGAACGAACUUCGAUGAGAGCCUUGCAUUGCUGCAGAAAGUCCGUUCAGAGCUUGCUCUGACCCAAGAGAGACAUGACAGCAUGGCAUUUCCAACUUUCUAUGAAUUGCGCUCGUUGAACGAUUGCCUAGUAGAAUCAUUACCAGUGCAUUAUCAGAAUCAGGCUAUAUCAUUUCUUGAUAUAUUCCUUUGCAAUGACGAUACUUUCAGACCGGGGAAGAGCCUUCAGGGGUUGGACGACUCAGGUUGCAGCACUACAACCUAGGAUCAACAACUCAUAUGCCAGAAAGCUACUCUCCGAACAUCAGCUGUAGAGAACCCAGCUGAAAUCUCAGCUGUAGAGAACCGAGUUGAAGCCUCAGCUGUGCAGGGCUCAUCUGAACUUACUAGCGCGCUACCCUGGGGGUGGCCCCCUUCCUUCCCCUAGUAUAUAUACAACUAGCUAGACGUCUAUAGAAAUCAGAGUUCACAUCAAUUUCAAC